UUUGACUUGGAGACGGAACAUGAUCCCUAAGGCCUGCACUUUCUGAAGCAUUGGCGUCGGCUGCACAGCGAUACAUUCAUGAAUGCUCCAUCAGGUCGGUGGCAUCAUCAGUCGCAACCGUACGCAUGCAGCGAAUAAUCGAAUCACUUGACUGUGAAAAUGGUCUCCGAGGCAGAUUCAUAUGAACUACUCGCAUUGCGAAUUCCAUGCUGCCGUGCGCCUGCGGAAUCUAAUCUACCGCAUCUACUUAAGAAAGGGUUUAGGAGGCAUCCACUACUUCACUUCAACAAUUCCAUGAAUCCAAUCAAGAGUUUUCUGUGGCCUGCUUGAAGCAUAAGAACCCAGUACAGCGUAGCAGUAGUUGAUCUGCUUAAGACCCUCAUCCGUGUAUCGGUGGCCUUCUUUACACUGGCCGGCAAAAUCGAGCUCAGAAGCGUUGUGACAGUAGAAGCUCAAGCAGCGCAAUACAACGUAGGUUCCGAUCUGUGUUACGUCUUCAACUCGAGCCGGGGAUCCAAGCCUUAUAACAUAAUUCAAGCAACCAAUCGUCCACGAUGAUGGAGAUGCUAAAUUUCAUUUACACAGACAUUGUCAAUUUCUUUCUUCCGUCUAUGAAGUGGUCGAUAGUCUUGGCGUCGACCUGCACGGUGUUGACAUCAUUUUCUGUAGCGCAAUUUCUUUUGUGGAUCAAGGGCAACAGGUUGCCGAGGCAUGGAAAGUUACCUCCAGGUCCGCCGUCCUGGGGGCCCCUCGUGGGUAACUUGCCGCAGUUCAGGACUUCCAUGCGUACCCCACAUGUCAGAGCGCAAGAGCUAGCCAAGACGUACGGACCUGUCAUGAGAGUCCAAAUGGGAGGCAAAGUUCUGAUCUUCAUUUCCGACCCGAAGAUUGCCGACAGGUGCUUCAAGGACAACGACCACAACUUUGCGAACCGGCCGUCCAUUGCCGCACAGAAAUAUCUACUGUAUGGAGGAGAUCAUCCUUCUUUGGCUCCGAUCGGAGACUUCUGGAGAUCGGCCCGAAAACUCUAUACAACCGAACUCCUCAGCGGCAAGAAGCUUCAGGAGUUUCAGGUGGUGCGGAGCGAAGAAAUGGGUCAAGCUGUCCAGGACAUCUAUGAGGCAUCAGCCCGUGAUGCAAGCAUCAAUAUGCACGACUUGUUCACAAAGCUUUUCACGAACGUGAUCACUCGUAUGACAAUGAGCAGACGGUUCUUCAAUUCAGCAAACUCGGCAGCCAAAACCUUGAACGAAACAGACUCAGAAGCCGGGAGCGGAAAUGCUGAGCUCAAUGAUUCCAUGGGCAACGAAUGGCAGCAGCUGAUUGACAGCAACCACGAGCUGAUGACGCGACUCUUGCUGGAAGAUGUCAGCCCUGCUCUGGCAUGGGUGGACAUAUUGACGGGAGUCAGACCGAGAAUGCAAAACAGUUUCGCUCGAAUGGACAGACUGUUGCAGAAGGUUGUGGAUGAUCACAAAGCAGAGCUGUCCAGUCGAGAAAAGGACUCAGAGAAUUUAGACUUCAUUGAUGUUCUUCUCAUGCUUCGAGACAGCAGCAAGACACAGUUUCUCAGCGACAGAACAAUCAAAGCUUUCUCGCUGGAUACGAUCGGAGCAGCCAGCGAAACUUCAACCGUGACGUCAGAGUGGGCGCUUUCGGAGCUUCUGACGAAUCCUGAGGUGAUGGACAAAGCUCGCGAGGAGGUGGACUCUGUGGUGGGCAAAGAUAGAACCGUGCUCGAAUCUGACCUGCCGAACAUGCCCUACAUCCGGGCCCUAGUCAACGAAAGCUUGCGCCUCCAUCCACCGCUCCCUUGGCUCGUCCCCCACACCAACCUCAUGGACUGCACACUCGAGGAUUACAACAUACCAGCUAAUAGCAUACUGAUGUUCCAAGUCUGGGCCAUGCAACGGGACCCAUUGCUGUGGGAGAGAGCGUUGGAAUUCGACCCCAGUCGAUUCCUGAAUAGCGAUAUGGACGUGAAGGGUAUGCAUACGGGGCUGAUGCCGUUUGGAGCUGGUCGGAGGAUGUGCCCUGGUUAUAACCUGGGCUUGACGGUUCUGCAGUAUACUUUGGCUCGUCUGAUCCAUAGCUUCGAUUGGUCGACAACGGAUCCCCAAGUUCCUCUGGAUAUGACCGAGAAGUUUGGUCUCACUUCUUUGCGUCGUGCCUCCGUGCUGCAUGCCAAAGCCCGGCCGCGGCUGCCUCAUCAUUUGUACACUACGUAACUAAAGUUCUCGAAUUGACUUCUGUGAAUUAUAUUCUACGACAAGCACAUUCUUUACUAGUUUGAGCCAAGUACAUUCGCUUUCUCCGGCUUCUUCAAGCGGGUGUUAUCCAACAAUCGUCAGCAAAGAACAAAAGCUGCGUCCCCUAUAGGUCAUAACGAAGGAAACGGAAGUAAUCAUGCGAGUGAGCCUCAAAAUCGACUAUGCUCGAUAUCUCUGUACAGCAUUCAAUAUUUCACUAAACAUUCAGAAAGUUCA